AUGGUCGGGGUUACGGCUGUCAAGCUGGGCCUCUUCCUGCUCUGCCGCAUUCAUGAGAACGAGAUCGUGCAGGCGUAUGCCAAGGACCACUUCUUCGACGUUGUGACUAACUUGCUAGGUGGGAUGACACUCUGGCUUCUCGUUGUGGCCUUAGGGAAAGUCAAAGUCGAGGCAACUGCAAUUUUA